UCUCUGUGUAGCUUCUUCAGACAUCACCCAAUCUUCGAAUUUAAUCGAGCUGAGACUAUUGCAUCUGAACCCACUUGUUCUGCAUAUAUCUUUCGAUGGAGAAAAGCAUGGAAGACAAAGAGGAAUUCGACGAGGCGGAGAUUGAGUACACGAGUUACGCCGGAGAGCAUCACCUGCCAUUGAUUAUGUCUCUCGUGGAUCAAGAACUCAGUGAACCUUACUCCAUCUUCACUUACCGUUACUUCGUCUACCUCUGGCCACAGCUCUGCUUCCUGGCGUUUCACAAAGGUAGAUGCGUAGGAACCGUAGUCUGUAAGAUGGGUGAGCAUCGACAUACUUAUAGAGGGUACAUUGCUAUGUUGGUCGUGAUCAAACCAUUUCGUGGCCGUGGCUUAGCCACGGAGCUUGUAACGUUGGAGGCGGAAGUGAGUAACAAAGGAGCGUUGGCUCUAUAUGGGAGACUCGGGUUCAUAAGAGCCAAGCGGCUGCACCACUAUUACUUGAAUGGGAUGGAUGCUUUCCGGCUGAAGCUCUUGUUCCCUAAGCCUCGUCUACCUCAGAUACCAUCUCAAGAGCAAGGGCAAGAGCAUUUUACUGGAUGACCCGAAUCACUUCCUUUUUCAUUCUUCAUCCUAACGCCGUGGGGGGAAAAAGAAUGUUGUAUUUGCUUCUAUGUAUUCCGGAUACUGAACAUAAAUAAAGACUAUCUUCAAUUUGUAUUGAGAAAUAUCAAAAGGCUGGUAUGUUGGUGAAACUCAUAGUGGAAGCUGGUGAUGCAGGUCCAAGUGAGAACGGAG